GUUCUCAAAGAAACCAAGCGAUCCCUCUCACGUUCUAGUCUUUGAAGACGCUCCAAAUGGUGGCCGAGCCGCGAAGGCAGCCGGCAUGAAAUGCGUAAUGGUCCCUGACGCAAAGUUUCGCAAGGAGGCUUUGAGCGUAGGCGUUACACAAGUACUGCACAGCCUGGAAGAUUUUCGUCCCGAAGAUUUUGGACUUCCGCCUUACGACUGACA